AACAAACAAGAUAAGUGUCGUUUGUUCUCGCAAGCAAUUUAUGGAGGCUAUUAAGAUAGCUUCAACGUCCUGGAUUGACGCUGCGAGGCGCAACGCAGUUUUGGUCCCCUCGAAUCUGAGACGGCAAUAUUAAAAUCUUUCUUGUUAUCGCGGUGUUUAGAGCGUGCAAUGCAUUGGCUUUGUAGGUUUGGCAGGAGAGGAGAGCAGCAAAGUAAAUAACAGGGGAGCGUUGAGUCUGUCCUGCAGGUAGUACGCGGGCAUAGAUACGGGGAGAUUUAACUCGCAGAGCGACGUAGAAUAUCAACUGGGACAAGGGACAGUGUCCGUAAGGACAGCAAAACCAUUGGGAUUGGAUGCAAAGUUCCUUCAAUGUUAUUUUUAAUAGGACGAGGGUUUGAGCACCAUGUCCUGCUCCGGUAACCUGAUUUGGGAUGUAAGGAAGCGCUCCAUUGGGUUUAACGAACCAAAUGCUGUCAGGAUUAACUACCUAGGAAGAAGAGAAUUUGUCCAAAGACUGAAACUUGAAGCUACACUCAACGUGCACGAUGGCUGUGUUAACACAAUAUGCUGGAACGACACGGGUGAAUACAUCCUCUCAGGAUCUGAUGACACCAGUUUGGUCAUCUCAAACCCAUACAACAGGAAGGUCAAAGCAACCAUCCGAUCAGGCCACCGGGCGAACAUCUUCAGCGCCAAGUUCAUGCCGUGCACCAACGACCAGCAGAUAGUGUCGUGUUCUGGGGACGGCGUCAUCUACUACACCAACACGGAGAAGAGUGCGGACAUCAACCGCCAGUGCCAGUUCACCUGUCACUACGGCACCGCCUACGAGAUUAUGACCGUGCCUAACGACCCCUACACCUUCCUGUCCUGCGGGGAGGAUGGCACAGUGCGAUGGUUUGACAUGCGGAUGAAAACCAGCUGCACAAAAGAGGACUGCAAAGAUGACAUACUGAUCAACUGUCGGCGGGCAGCUACCUCGAUAUCAGUCUGCCCCCUGAUGCCCUUUUACCUGGCUGUGGGCUGCUCCGACAGCUCGGUCCGGAUCUUCGACAGACGGAUGCUGGGUACCAGGGCGACAGGGUACUACAUGAGCAGUGGGACGACGGGGAUGUGUGUUCGGUUCGUCCCGGCGCACCUGGCGACCAAGUCGUGCCGCGUGACCUCGCUGUGCUACAGCGGCGACGGCCGGGAGAUCCUGGUCAGCUACUCGUCCGACUACAUCUACCUGUUCGACCCCAAAGACGACCAGGCGCGGGAGCUCAAGGGCCCGUCGGAGGAGCGCAGGGAGGAGCUUCGGCAGCCCCCGGUGAAGCGUCUGAGGCUGAGGGGGGACUGGUCCGACACAGGGCCCCGCGCGAGACCAGAGAGUGAGAGGGAGCGCGACGGGGAGCAGAGCCCCAACGUGUCGCUGAUGCAGCGGAUGUCGGACAUGCUGUCGCGCUGGUUCGAGGAGGCCAGUGAGGCCCAGAGCAGCAGAGGUCGCCCGCAGCCACGACCCCGGGUCCGGCCAGAGGGGGGCGCCUCUGCCCAGGAGCCCGCCCCGGAGCCCCCCCCGGCCCCACAGGACCCCGCCCCCGCCCCCGUCCCCGCCCCCGUCUCCGCCCCCGCCCCUGCCGAGGGUCCAAUGGAAGUGGAGCCCACGGCCGAGCCCCUCCCCAAAUCCACCUCGGCCUCCUCCUCCUCCGGCUCCGGCUCCUCCUCCACGGUGACGGCCCCGCCCCCCUCCACGUCCUCGUCCAUGGAGAGCGCCCCCUCGUCCUCCCUCCUCUCCUCCCCCGACACGGAGCCCAGGACCCAGGGCCCCGCCUCCUCCACGCCCACCCCCACGCCCACCCCGCCGACGGAGCCCGCACAGUCCGAGCCGGGCCGGCGGGGGGUUCCGGUGAGCGUCGUGUGCAGGCGUCUGCAGCGGCUGCUGCUCCUGGCCGGCCCCCCCGGACCCCCCCCGCGCGAGGAGCGCCCCCGCCCCCGCCCCGCCCCCCAGGAGGCCCCCCCCGCAGAUUCACCCUCGUCGGUGGUAAACAAACAGCUGGGAUCCAUGUCUCUGGAUGAGCAGCAGGGAGCCUCAGAGGCCGGGGGUGGAACCGGGGCGGGGGCCGGGGGCAGUACCGGCACGGGGAGCGGGCGGCCCGGGACGGCAGAACCGGUCCUGAGUCUACACUACAGCACGGAAGGAACCACUACCAGCACCAUCAAACUGGACUUCACAGAUGAAUGGAGCAGCGGCGCUCCAUCCGGCUCCAGGGGAGGCAGCGGCAGCCACAAGCCCGGCGGGCCCCAGGACGGCCUGCCCAAAGCGGGCAGGACGGAGGAGAGGCAGGGCCCGCACAGGAGGGAAGAGCCGUCGCCCGAAAGUGCAGCGCAGGCGGCCACCGGCCCGUCGGAACCGGCAGGGAAGAGCGAGCCCGGUCCGGAAUCGGACCCGCCGAAGGCGGAGGGGACCGGCGGCGUUGGGGGGAAGACUCUCAGCUCCGAGGACAACUCCUCAGCCCAGACGCCCCCGGCAGAAGUCCCCGCCCCCAUGGAGGAAAGCUCCGCCGCCCGGUCCACAGAGGCGGAGCCCCAGGGGGCGGAGCCAGAGAACCCCCGCGAGUCCUGUCGACGGGCCGAGCCGACGGGAGAGGGGGGGCGGGCACAGGGUUCCCGUGGCAACCAGGACUCGGACGAGAGCGACGACGACACCAUCCUCCUUCCCGCCACGAGGUUCCGCGGGGGACAGGGGCAGAGAUUUAAUUUCAGAGGAUCAGCAGUAGGGGAGAGGAUGAUCAGGCGCUCUGCUGCUGCUCGCAUUCAGGAGCUUUUCCGCAGGAGGAAGGAAAGGCGGGAGAUGGAGGAGAGCGAAACGCAGAAUAUUCGGCGGCCCACCGUCAAAAUGGUCUACAAGGGCCACCGCAACUCCAGAACAAUGAUUAAGGAGUCUUGUUUUUGGGGGAGCAACUUUGUCAUGAGUGGCUCGGACUGUGGCCACAUCUUCAUCUGGGAUCGGCACACGGCCGAGCACCUGAUGCUCCUGGAGGCUGACAAUCACGUGGUGAACUGCCUACAGCCUCACCCUUACGACCCCAUUCUUGCCUCAUCUGGAAUAGACUACGACAUCAAGAUCUGGUCCCCACUGGAAGAAUCACCGUCCUUUAACACCGUGCUGGCUGACGAGGUGAUCACACGAAAUGAGCUGAUGUUGGAAGAGACCAGAAACACCAUCACCGUACCUGCGUCUUUCAUGUUGCGCAUGCUGGCCUCCCUCAAUCACAUCAGAACAGACCGGCUGGAGGGCGAUCGCUCGGAAGGUUCUGGACAGGAGAACGAGGAUGAGCAGUAGCCGUCCCUCGUUCUUUUUUUUGUUGUUUUGCUACGGAGCACUUGAACAGUUGAGAUUUGUACACGUAAAAUGUAGAAUAUUUUGCAUAUCUGAGCAGUAGUGCAUUUUUUAGCUUCCUUUUUUUUAAAAAAAAAAGAAAAUGACCUUUCUUACCAUUUCCCUGGAGAGCGAACUGCAUCUGGGAAAAAAGAAGAACAGGAAAUAAGAAUGAAAAAAGGUAUAAAAAUAUUGGACGGCUGGUGCUUGAGGAUGUAAAGUGCAAUAUUCUGUUUUCAAAAGCAAACAUUUGAGCUUGGGUCAGUGUUACGGUGUGAGUUUUAAUAGAGCUAAGAAUAAAGAACUCAAAUGUUUGUAUACUUGCGGUUAUGCAUGUUAAUGUACGAAAUUAUGAAAAUUAUGCUUUAAAGUAAACAAUUUGUUGUUUAAACCGCUUAUUCUUUUGUCCGUAAGAGGGCUCUCUCAUUUUAACAUGCCGUUUCUAUUUAAAUAUUUGUUAAAUGAGGUUUACCCAAAUUCUCCACCUAAAGGAUGGCUUGCUUCUACCUUACUGCAAGACAUGUUUAUGUUUACAGUAAUGCACUAUUACCAAGUCUAUUGGUUGUCAGGGAAAAUUACUCCAGCUGUUGCUUUUGUUGGGAGUGUCAACGACAACACUGAAGAUUAAUGGCGGAUUCUCGUAAGUGUGCUCACUGGUUGACAUUAAACCGUUUCGCAAUCCCUCAUCUAAAACCAUUUAUCCCCGUGUUGACACAUGCUUUUUGUCCUUUAAUAGCUGCCAUUUUGGACAUUUAAUGUUUUUGUUGUUAAAAAAGUAUGUCGAGUUUGUCAAGAGAAUGUGAAAAUAUAUGAAAAACGUCUACAUUUA